AUGUUCCAGAAUCUCAAAGCCUCCAACAUCUCUAAUAUCCAAGUCUCUGAAUUUAUUCUAAUGGGAUUCCCAGGCAUUCACAGCUGGCAACACUGGCUCUCCUUGCUAGCCAUUUGUCAACCACUACGCUAUCCAUCAAUAAUUACUGAAUCUUUUGUGGUCAAAGCAACUGUGUUCAUGGCACUCAGAAACACCAUAUGUACCAUCCCAGUGCCUAUAUUGGCUGCUCAGAGACACUACUGCUCCCAGAGCCAAAUAGAACACUGUCUGUGUUCAAAUCUCGGUGUCACUAGUCUAUCCUGUGAUGACAGAACCAUCAACAGCAUUUACCAGCUUAUUCUGGCCUGGACACUCAUGGGAAGUGACUUGGGUUUGAUUAUUUUAUCAUAUUGUUUGAUACUUCACUCUGUGCUGAAGCUGAACUCAGCAGAAGCUGCGUCCAAGGCCCUAAGUACCUGCACGUCCCACCUCAUUCUGAUCUUAUUCUUCUAUACAGUUGUCAUUGUCAUUUCCAUUACCCAUAGUGCUGCCAUGUCAGUUCCCAUCAUUCCAGUGCUACUCAAUGUACUGCACAAUGUCAUUCCUCCUGCCCUCAAUCCCAUGGUGUAUGCUCUCAAGAACAAGGAGCUGAGGCAGGGUUUAUAUAAGGUUCUUAGAGUACACAUCAAGAGCAACUAA